CGCCUCAGUGGGAGGUACUACAGCUGGAGCGCAUAUAAAGGAACUGCCGUUCUGCUUGUUUGGUGUGGUAACCGAGACACUUCCAGGGCUUCCAGCGACUCAACAAACUCCUCUCCUUCCUCAAAAGGUACCAUGGCAAAGCGUGCAGCAGUAAUCCUUGCUGGCUGUGGAGUCUAUGAUGGGACAGAGAUCCACGAGGCUUCUGCCAUCCUGGUCCACCUUAGUCGGGCUGGUGUUAAGGUCCAGAUGUUUGCCCCCAAUGCUGAUAUGAUGCAUGUAGUGAACCACUGUGAGGGAAAACCUGUGACAGACAAGCGGAACGUGAUGGAGGAAAGUGCCCGCAUUGCUCGAGGAGAGGUUACCGACUUGGCCAAGCUAACCGUAGCUGACCAUGAUGUUCUCCUCAUUCCAGGAGGGUUUGGAGCAGCUAAGAACCUGAGCGACUGGGCCACCAAAGGAAAAGAGUACUCAGUGAAACCUCUGGUCGAGAAGGUCAUCAAGAGUUUCCACCAGGCAGGCAAGCCUAUUGCCAUGUGCUGCAUUUCUCCAGUCCUUGCUGCAAAGGCCAUCCCCGGCUGUGAGCUCACCGUAGGCCAUGACUGCGAAUGUGAGAAGUGGCCAUACGCCGGUGUGGCCAAGUCAAUGGUGGAGCUGGGCUGUAAGCACGUUAACAAGCAUGUGGGAGAAGUGCAUGUGGAUAAGAAGAAUAAGCUGGUGACUACCAGUGCCUUUAUGUGCAACGCCCCCAUACAUGAGAUCUUUGAUGGACUGGGCGUGAUGGUCACAGAAGUUCUUAAACUGGUCUGAUUUCAUUCAUCUCUGUACUGAUUGCUCAGGCUUAACUUGUGAAAUGUCCUUUGUUGUGUCUAUUAUUUGCAUACUGUCUUGUCUCUUAUUGUGAAGAUGGUAUUUAUUUGUGGUUAUGAAUUUGACUUUAAACCAUAAUUACCUGCAUCUGCAUCUAAAUGUUUUUUUUUUUGUGAUAAUACAUGUCAAUAAAAUAAAUGUUUGUGUCAUUAAUAGGUUGUAAUGAAAUCUCUUUCACUCUCAAUAACAUGAUUUUGACCCUAAAUCAUGUACAAAUAAAUUAGAAAUUAGAAGUUU